AUGGGACUUGAGAGCUGUGGUCACCGAAGUGCCCUCACCGAGGCAGCAUUUGGCUACAGCACUCUCGUGGCACCUGUGCGGAUGGUGUUGGUCUCCGAUCUUCAAGCCAAGUGGGAGGUUUCGAGCGUGGGCGAGGCCGACUCGACACCGAAGAUCCUAACGCCGGUCCUGCAGCUGGCCACCGCCUAUCCCAAGGGCCCGGCUGAGAGAGAGGCGAAGAAGCCAACUGCGCCAGUGCAGCAGGAGAGCCCCGUGAUCAUCGAAGAGGCUCCGGAGGCGCAGGCGCCCCCGCGGCCGAAGCCGGCGCCGGCGAAGGAGCUGGACCUUGGUGCCUUCCGCGCGUUCCCACUGGGUGUGCCGGAGACAGCGGUCCAGGAACUUUUCGAAGAGUACCUGCAGCGCGUACCGCAGCCCCUGGUGCAGAGCACGGAGGGCUGGGCUGCGCUGAGCGUGCUGCAAGGCGGCAGUGAUGGGGAGCUCCCACAAAGAGGCCCGCUGGCCCUGGAGUGGUUUUGGCUUGCGAGGUCUGCCGCAUCGGAAGCCACAGCUUCCGCCGCCAGCGCGGCUGGGCUGUGCGUGUUCCGCCUGCAGAGGACAUGUGGCCGGAUGGUGGGCCAAUUGCUCCACUUUUCCGUGGUGGACAUGGAGUUUCUGGAGGAGGCAGUGCAGUCCGUGAAGACUUUGAUGUUCGCUCGGCUGCCCAUCACCUCCAUCCGAGUCACCCUUUGGUGCUGCGAGCAAACGGAGGACGGCAAGCCGCGGGUGAACCUCGAGCUGGAGGCGGCCCUCCAAAAGCAGUUCUUCAAGUGGUUCCAGUUUGCGAACCAGCGGGGGCAGCGGGGGAAGGUGUUGAACCGGCCCCGUGCCGAUCCGCCCAUGGACCCUGAGAUGCCUCUGGAGGUGCCCUCCUUUGAGCUCUGCUUGGGCCAG